AUGGGCUUUAGGAAUGUCGCGGCUCCCAGGUUUUAUUCAACUUUGAAGGACACAAUGGCAGCGAAAAGUGCCAAAAAGGCCGUAAAUGAGGAAACGUGGAAAGAACUUCACAGAGCUGUUCCAAAGUAUCACGAAAGUAUACAGCCAUUUUAUCAUCCAAACGUGGCAGAGAGAGCGAUUUUAUGUGCCACUGAAAAUUGCCCACGGCUGCUGGACGGUCAUAAAAUUGUCCCAGCUAUCAUAAAGCGUCCGCGUGAUAUCACGAACACACUGGUGAAUGCUAGAUGGAUGUUCAAAUCUGUUAGUGACGCACAGAAGUGGAUCACUGAUUAUCGUGGUGUUGAAUCGGCAAGACAAAACAAACGUUUUGCUCUCAUAGAAGAUCGUGAUGUUGAGCAAAUUCUCAGACCCAGUCGCUUGGACCCAUCACAGUUCUCGGAGCUUCAGAAGUUUGCUGAUUUCUACAGAAAACAAGGCCCUGCCGCUCUGGAUACUGUUCUCAUUUCCGGGCUGAUAGAGUCGCUCACAUCCCUGCCGGUGAUCAAGGUCUUCAGCGAAGAAGUCUUCUUGUACAUUUUACAGCAUUACUGCAGGACCAAACAUGGUGUAGUCGGCCUGACCCACUCGAUUAUCGAGUUCUUACACAAGGAUAUCGACGACUUUAAGGUAGCGGAGCUACUUGUAUUGCAACUGCUGGUUACGUUGAGACAGAAGCAAGUGCCCGUGGACGCUGAUGUCUUCUCUGCAGUCACUAAUCUUCUCAUUGCGAUCUCUGAAAGGUUUCACAAAAGCAACUGCGUGCUGGAUUUUUCACCAGCGACCAUUCAAGCAGUAUUAGAUCUACAUCUUGAAUUUGGUAAUUUGAAUGAAGCCAAAAUGUUGCUUGCCCAUUUGGUCAAUAGGCACAUAUGUCCUCAGAGUGCAGUCUUGGAAAGAUACUUACUACUUGUGGACGAGACAGUAGGCCCCGCGGGCUCACCUGAGGAUUUUCUUAAGAAAUUCGCAUACAUUUCUGACUUCAAGUUAAUUUUGGAGAAAGCUAUCACACCAACAAUAGCAUCACUAUUAAUACCUUACUGCCGUCAUUUUGAUGAGAUUUUGUCGUUGUUGGAUAUCAUAAGCCGUUCCAGGUUAAAGAAGCAAAUCUGGGACCAAACUUUACCCCAGUUAGUACGAAGGGUCUCCCUCCUUGAAAACGAUACUGUGACAAAUUCUUGCAAUUUGUCAGUGCUUUUGCAGAGAGCACAGCAAGUCUACGGUUCUUCGCUCUCGAACAAAGUUUUACAAGCUUUUAUCGUUCAAUAUGCGACCAAUGGGAACUUUGCAAUGGUUACAAACCUAAUGAGUCGACUUGAUGGACAAGUCAGUGCUAACUUUAGUGCCGGGAUUUUGACCGCAUCUGAUUCAUUAGAGACCUCAAGCUCGUUUCCGGGCUUUCGUGUCGACGACAAACGUGCAUUUAUCAAGUCUUCCGUUUUGCCACGAUACAGUUCACUAUCAGUUGCCGGAAGGCUGAGUGUUGUUAAAAAUGCAGAAACGGAGGACAUCCUCGAGCAACUCCUGCGGAUGGAGUCCAGCGUCGAAGGAAAUGAAAAGAAGUCAUUGCUACACGAAGUUAUUGCCAAAGCCAAAUCCUCGGGUUUGGAGUCUUUGACACUAAAGUAUGCAAAAUAA